AAAAAAAAUAAUAAUAAUAAUAAAGAGAGAGAAAGAGAGGGUUUUCUCGGGGCUAAAAACACAGAAACGAGCUUACAUAUCUUCGUCUUCUUUACCUCCGUUGCAGCGUACAAGAGACAGAGCAGGAGUUUGUGUAUCCAACGAACGACAUCGUUUAUUCUCAGAUCUGAGGGAGACAAAGAGAGAGAGAGAGAGAGAGAGAAUGAGCGGCAAAGGAGGAGGAGCAGCAGCCAGCUAUAACAGCAACAAUACUGGAAAGGGUAGUAGUGGAAUAUCGGGUAUUCCGGCGGGGUCGAGGAAGAUGGUUCAGAGCUUGAAGGAGAUUGUGAACUGUCCAGAGUCCGAGAUCUACGCUAUGCUUAAAGAGUGUAAUAUGGACCCUAACGAGGCCGUUAAUCGCCUCCUCUCUCAAGAUCCUUUCCGUGAGGUCAAGAGCAAACGAGAAAAGAAAAAAGAGAAUAAGGAGACAACUGAUCCCAGGUACCGUGGUGCUAAUAACACAACACAUCGUGGUGGCAGAGCUGGUGCAGACCGUUAUGGACGUGGUGGUUCAACCCAGUUCAGCUCUAAUGAGACUGGUGUUUCACAUGCUAAACCUGCAUACAAGAAGGAAAAUGGAACACAUGCUUAUGUUGGUUCUUCGUUUUCUGCAUCUGGUAUGGCAGGAAAUAACAUUAAUCGGAGACCACAAGCAUUGCACAGUGAUUCUUUGGCCUCAGAAAAUAAAAUGUCAACUCUAGGUUUGGGUGAUGGAGUUUCUUCAUCGUUACAACCUCCUUCUGGAUUUCAAUCUCCCUGGUUGGGGGUUCCAGGUCAAGUAUCAAUGGCCGACAUUGUGAAGAUGGGGCGGCCGCAUAACAAGGCAUCUGCUAUGCCACUUCACCACGGUGUUAAUCAUCACCAUCCUGCAGCACCUUCUUUAGCUGCAUCAAAUCAUGAUUUGCAUUUGUCAGAAAAUCAUGUUGCCAAGAUGUCAGAAAUAGAUGCAGAGCCUGAAGUUAGUGCAAGCCAACAUGUUCAUUCCAAUGAUGAAUGGCCAUCUAUUGAGCAGCCAACAGCUUCUAGUAUACCCUCUGUUUUAGAGGCACCUGCAGAUUUUGAACUGUAUACUGAUCCAUCUAACUUGCCCUUGGAUAGAGUUAAUCAACAUAUGAAUUCUCAGUUGGAUGAUGUUCAGCCAGCAGAAGAUGGUCAUGUUGAAACUCUCACUGGAAACCAUGUUGGGCCUGCUUCUGUAUCCAGUAGAAAUAUACAGGAAGAUAGUCCUGUAGCUUCAUCUAUUUUUGAUAAUAAUUUGUAUGGGAGUUCCUACCAGCCUCCCAGACAUGCUUUUGAGCAUGAAGCUGAAGAUGGUGCUUCAUCUGUGGCUGCAAACUUUCAGCAACUAAAUUUGCAGAGUGAUGAUCAAGGGGCACCGCCUGAGGAGGGUAAUCCUUCUGUAAUAAUUCCAAAUCACCUGCAAGUUCAUGCUCAAGACUGUUCACACUUGAGCUUUGGUAGCUUUGGAUCUGGCAUUAGUUCAGCCUUUUCUGGGCCAUUUGCAUCAAGGCCUUUAAAAAAUAACCUGGAAGAGACAUCUGAAGUGGUGGACACCUCAUCAGCAACACACCCAGAUACUAGAAAUCCUGAGUAUUAUGGGGAUGAGCAUCUCAGAAAUACUGCAGAUGAAAAUUUAAUACAUGGACCUGGUAUGAGUCCCGGCAAUUAUGAUUCUCCUUCAGUUCCACAACCGGAGGUGCUGGAGGAAACCCCUGAAGCAGCUCAGGUGAAUCAAUAUGCAUUUCCUUCAUCUGCACCUGGAUAUACUUAUGACAAUGCCCAACAGUUGAAUGCUGCAUUUAAUAACCCACAGACGAGCUCUCAGAUGCCAAAUGUUGCUCCUUUCUCAAGUGUAAUGCAGGGAUAUACAAAUUCAUUGCCAAGCACUUUGUUGGCUUCAACUGUUCAACCUGGGAGGGAGCCGGACCUUCCAUAUUCACCUUUCCCUGUGACGCAAUCAAUGCCCACCAAAUACGGCAAUACAGCUUCUCCCAUUAGUGGUCCCAGCAUGUCCAUGCCAGAGCAGGCUCUGAGAUCCGGUAGUAUUUCUACACCUCAGCCAACUCUGCAGACACUUCCUGGUGCUAGUGUUGCUAUGGGACCUACUCUUCCCCAACAUCUUACUGUGCAUCCUUAUUCACAACCUACCCUUCCAUUGGGCCCUUUUGCCAACAUGAUUGGCUAUCCAUUUUUGCCACAGAGCUAUGCAUACAUGCCAUCAGCUUUCCAGCAGAGCUUUGCUGGUAAUAGCACAUAUCAUCAGUCUCUGGCAGCAGUGCUCCCACAAUACAAGAAUAGUGUUUCUGUAAGCAGCUUGCCUCAAUCUGCUGCUGUUGCUUCAGCGUAUGGGUUUGGGAGUUCAACAAGCAUUCCUGCAGGAAACUUUCCUCUGAAUCCCCCCACUGCUCCUGGAGGCACAACCAUAGGCUAUGAUGAUGUUUUAAGUUCUCAGUACAAGGAUGGCAACCAUUUGAUCUCUUCUCAACAGAAUGAGAAUUCAGCCAUGUGGGUUCAUGGGCCUGGUUCACGAACGAUGUCUGCUGUUCCUGCUAGCACAUAUUACAGCUUCCAGGGACAGAAUCAGCAGCCUGGUGGAUUUCGGCAAGGUCAACAGCUGUCACAGCAUUUUGGGACUCUUGGUUACCCAAAUUAUUAUCAUUCCCAAACAGGGAUCUCACUUGAACACCAGCAGCAAAACUCUAGGGAUGCUUCCCUUGGAGGUUCUCAGGGCCAACCAUCAAAGCAGACUCAACAGUUAUGGCAAAACAGCUACUAAAAUCACCUUACCUCCUGGUUUUUCAGGGUAUUGUAGUGAGUUUGAAAAUGAGGCCAAUCAUAGGCAUUCCUGUGGUUGAAUAAUUUAUGCAUGAUUAUUGGCGGGUCUAAAGAGACCCCGGACUGGCUACUGCCCUCCCUGUGCCAUGAGGUUGUAUUUUAGAUAUUUAUCAUCCGUUUAACUUAGGAACAAGUGUGCUAAUUUGGGUUAGUGGACUACGUUUCACUUUGAUCUCUUUGUCCUCGAUCUCAUUAUAGUGAAAUUUGCCUUUCACUUUUACUGUUGAUCUACUAACUGUGUGUUUAUACGAGUAAAUGGGAAGUAUUGGACUCUCUC